ACGCGGAUCUGUGUUUGACGGACGCGUCAGUGAGGUUUUGCAGAAGCUUUUCACCGACGGGAAGAAAAAUCCUUGGAAAACAAAAACAUCCAUGAAAAUCCAUUCAGGAAGACACUGAAGCUGCUACGUGACCACGAGCAAUCCGAGCACCAGAGGAUGUCCACAGGGUAAAUAAUAAAAACCAAAACGAGGACUAGAGAGUAAAGUGUUGAGCGUCGUGGGCGAACGAACGAACGUACAGUGUGGAAGGUUCUUUUCGGGACACGGGCGGGUGUGCGUCCACAAGCGGGAGGACAAAGUUCAAGAAAAAUUAAGGAGGCAGGACGCGAGUUCUUGGCAUCGUUGUGACUAAAGUGUGCGGUGGAUGUUCACUGUCGUCAUCGCCGGGGAAAGGUGGGGCGACGUAUCGUGACACUUUUUACGUCUUUUCAUUCGCACAGUGUGAUGUGGUAAACCAUCCGAGAUCUUGUUUUUUUUUGUUGUUGCUGUUAUUGUUAUUGACAAAAGCACAUGCGGGGGGAAGGAAGCGGGAGAGAGAUAGCGUGCCGGAUAUAAAUAGUCCGCGGAAGUCAACCUGACAUCCCGAAUCCGACGCAACACAUCCGAUCGUUGAGUGGAAUCCACAGAGAGCGCAGGAUGUCCGGAACGAGUGGUAAACGCAAGGAAAUUUACAAAUAUCUGGCGCCAUGGCCAUUGUACUCGAUGAACUGGUCGGUUCGGCCGGAUAAACGUUUCCGCCUAGCACUCGGUAGCUUUGUUGAGGAGUACAACAACAAGGUGCAGAUCAUCAGCCUUGAUGAGGAUACAAGCGAGUUCAGUGCCAAGAGCACAUUUGAUCACCCCUAUCCGACAACCAAGAUCAUGUGGAUUCCGGAUUCGAAAGGGGUAUUCCCUGAUCUUUUGGCAACAAGCGGUGACUAUCUACGUGUUUGGCGGGCUGGCGAACCGGACACUCGGUUGGAGUGCGUGUUGAAUAACAACAAGAACAGUGACUUCUGUGCUCCGCUAACCUCUUUCGAUUGGAACGAGGUCGAUCCGAAUCUGGUGGGAACGUCCUCGAUUGAUACAACCUGCACCAUCUGGGGACUGGAGACCGGUCAACCGUUGGGGCGAAUAAACCUAGUGUCAGGACACGUCAAGACUCAGUUGAUUGCACACGACAAGGAAGUGUACGAUAUUGCAUUCUCCCGUGCCGGAGGUGGACGAGACAUGUUUGCCUCUGUGGGAGCGGAUGGCAGUGUGCGUAUGUUCGACCUGCGUCAUUUGGAACACUCGACAAUCAUUUACGAGGAUCCCGCUCACACGCCCUUGCUGCGAUUGGCUUGGAACAAGCAGGAUCCCAACUAUCUUGCCACCGUGGCAAUGGAUUCAUGCGAGGUAAUCAUUCUCGACGUGAGAGUCCCGUGCACACCGGUGGCAAGAUUGAGCAACCACAGGGCUUGCGUGAAUGGGAUCGCCUGGGCGCCUCAUAGCUCGUGCCAUAUUUGCACCGCCGGCGAUGACCAUCAGGCGUUAAUUUGGGACAUCCAGCAAAUGCCUCGACCGAUCGAGGAUCCGAUCCUAGCGUAUACGGCGGCCGAGGGCGAAGUCAAUCAGAUCCAGUGGGGCGCCACACAACCGGAUUGGAUCGCUAUUUGCUACAAAACAGCUUGCGAAAUCCUGAGGGUCUAAUCAUUCCCUCCGCGCCUGGGAUUCCAGACAAUUUUUCUUUGUCCUUUAGUGUACAUACGAAGACUGAUUUGGGGCUUUUUCAUUGGUACUUUUUCCCCCUUUUUUCUCAAUUUGGUUCAUGUUUUUUCUUUCUCGUGCAAAAAUUAUCACGGUCUAUUCUGGAAGUGAAUGAUAUGGGAAAGUGUCUCCUUUCAUUUGUACAUAUUAAGUGAUACAUAAAUUAUUUUGUUUACCAACCGAAGAUACACACAUUCUGCUAUUGUAGAUAACAAUAUCCACGAAUGAAUGAAUUGCAACCGGGAGAUUGUGGUUUGUGUGGUUUUAAAAUCAUUCGUUCGUCCCAAAAGAGCUGUCGAUCCGUUGUAGAUUUUCGGUAAUUGUGCGGAGUGCGGUCGGUCAACUGAUUAUUUUUAGAACGGAACAAAACAAAGAACCAAAAGCAUUUAUCGGCCUAGCCACUAACAAAAAAAAAAUAAGAAAGAAAAAAAUGAAACAAUGCAGCAGCAACAUUUGUGUGUUCAUGUAUCGGUCUAACGGAAAAUAAAAAGGGCAAACAAAACUGAGAUAGAGACACAUUGAAUUCGUUGGCCGGCGUUCUUGGACAAAAUUUAUUCUCCGCUAAAGUUUUUAACCAUUUUUGGUUUACACGUUAGGUUCGCUGAGAGGCAGGGAGCAAAUUUGUAAUGGCACAAAAACAAGGAAGAAAAAGAGGAGAGUGAUUGCAAACUAAAUAACAAGUACUUUCAAGCUAGCAUGUAAGAUUAUAAACACAUCUGAAUAGAACUAAUUUAACUAAGGCAUAGUUUUAACCGCAUCUCUCUUAGCAUCACCAUAUAUAGUGGCAUAUUUGCGCCAGAAUAACAGUUUACUGUGGAACGUUUGUAUGACUACUAACACAGAACCAUAAAUCCGGAUUAAAUUUAAUCACAUAACAAUCAACCAUCAUUUCGAAAGCAGUGAGAACAGAAUAAAGGUGUAACUUGUA